ACCAUAAAUACAUAGAGCUAACAUCUCCCUUGAACUCCAUCCAAAGAACCAAAUCCAUCUCAAAAUCUCAUCACUUUUCAAACAUGAAAGACACCAUUGUUCUAUACCCUAAUGUUCUAAGGGGACACCUAGUUUCCAUGGUGGAGCUAGGCAAACUCAUACUAACUCACCACCCUUCACUUUCCAUCACUAUCCUCAUCCUCACUCCAACCACCACCUCUUCCACCACCAGCGUCUCCUGCAACUCUAAUGCUCGAUACAUCGCCACCGUCACCGCCACGACCCCCGCCAUCACAUUCCACCACGCCCCCUUCGCCACACUCCCCCCCUCCACUCCUUCCCUCCCCUCUCACAUCCUCUCCAUCGAACUCACCCGCCACAGCACGCAAAACCUCGCCGUUGCCCUCCAAACCCUCGCCAAAGCCUCGAACCUCAAAGCCCUCGUCAUUGACUUCAUGAACUUCAACGACCCCAAAGCCCUCACUGAAAAUCUCAACAACAACGUCCCCACUUACUUCUACUUCGCUUCAUGCGCGUCCUUUCUCUCUCUACUCCUUCGUUUACCAACCAUUCACCAAACCGUUACUAGAGAGAAGGUCAAAGACCAACCGCUGCAGAUUCAAAUCCCUGGAUUACCCACAAUCUCCACCGACGAUUUUCCAAACGAGGCCAAAGACCCUUCGAGUGAAAGCUACCAGUCCUUGCUUCAGGUAGCGGAAAACAUGAGGUGCAGUGUUGGCAUUAUAGCAAACACGUUUGAAGCCCUUGAAGAGAAAUCCAUCAGGGCGUUAUGCAAAGAUGGGACGUUGCCGCCUUUGUUUUUUAUCGGACCGUUGAUCUCUGCACCGUAUGAAGAAGACAAAGGGUGCCUGAGUUGGCUAGACUCGCAACCGAGUCAGAGCGUCGUGUUGCUGAGUUUCGGAAGCCUCGGAAGGUUUUCUAGGGCUCAGUUGAAGGAGAUAGCCAUUGGGUUGGAGAAGAGUGAGCAAAGGUUCUUGUGGGUUGUGAGGUCCAGGUUGGAUGAUGCUGACUCGAUGGAGGAACUGAGUCUGGACGAGUUGAUGCCAGAAGGGUUUCUGGAGAGGACCAAAGAGAAGGGGCUGAUAAUGAGAAACUGGGCCCCACAGGUUCAGUUACUGAGUCAUGACUCGGUGGGUGGGUUCGUGACUCACUGCGGGUGGAACUCGGUGUUGGAAGCAGUGUGUGAAGGGGUGCCGAUGGUGGCGUGGCCCCUCUACGCGGAGCAGAAGAUGAAUAGGGUGAUUAUGGUGAAGGAAAUGAAGGUGGCUUUGGAGGUGAACGAGAACAAAGAUGGGUUGGUGAGUGCAACAGAGUUGGGGGACCGAGUCAGGGAACUGAUGGACUCGGUAAAGGGAAAAGAGAUUAGACAAAGGGUUUUCGAGAUGAAAAAAAGGGCUGAGGAAGCAAUGGCUGAAGGUGGAACCUCGUGCGUCACGUUAGAUAAGUUGGCUAUCAAGUUGUGGAAAGGAAACAUGAUUGACAUCUAACUGUUUGUAUUAAAUUUAUACUGCGUAGGGACUACCCUUAACAUGUCUCCUCUAACUAGGGCUCAUUAUCACAAAUUCUGAUACCAUAUUAAAUUUAUAGUAGAGUAUAGAUAUUCGAAAGAUUCCUUUAAAAACCGAUUUAUAAAUGAUGAUCUAUCUAACUAUAUCAACAUUUAUCAUGUUUA